GAAAACUAUUUUUGGACAAGGCGAAUAAUUAUGAAGUUCACUUGGGAGUACAAUGAUGACUUGACAAUACGUUGGAAUAACCAGUUACUUGUGAAAAGAAAGAAAUAUUUAGGUUACCUUGUCUGGUUUCCUUCACAACAUAUACUGGAUAGAGCAUCAUCCCUUUCAAGACCUAAUUACUGUCGACGCUGUCAUAGAGUGAGUCCCGUGUUAUGGAAGGCUUCCAAAUUGAAAGCUACGGAUAUCCAUCCAUCAGUAACUGAACAAAGUCAAUUGGUUCCUUUUCAUAAUCAUCCAACCUUGAAAACGACCCCAUCAAGAAACUCAACUUUACAAGGAGGUGAUGCAAAAGAAGGGACGAGUACUACUAUUUAUGUAUCAGAAAUAGCACUUCGAGUGCUUAUACCUUAUCGUGAUGGAGCUUUAGUAUUGAAUGAAGAAAGUGGAUUAUCUGAUGCUACUCGCAUGUUUCUAGAAAAACCUCAACGCCUACAUGCCUUUGUUUCUGCUUUGAGAGGAACUUUAGGAGAUCGAUUUACAGCAGGUACCUUCUUUUUAGGUGGUGAUGGACGUUACUAUGCAAAAGAAGCCCUUCUUCGUAUACUAUAUACUUGUUUAGGGUUUGGAAAUGUUGCUCUUAUAGUGGCAAAAGAUGGUUUGGCUUCGGUUCCAGCUGCUUCUUUAGCCAUCCAUUAUUACAGUUGUGAAGGCGGUAUCUUGUGUUCUGUAAAUAGAAAAGCAGCUGGUGAAGAACAAUUCUUUGGUAUUCAAUAUGUAUUGGGCAACGGUGGUCCUAUGCGAGAUAUCUUUUUGUCUCGUUUUCGAAACCAAUUGGAUAAAGUAACCGAGUAUAGAGUGGUAGGAAUCGAUCCUCAAGUGGAUAUUUCCACCCUUGGAGAAUAUUUUGUGGAUGAAAAUCGUCAUUACGUGAAAGUGAUCGAUCCUUUGGAGUUGUAUGUUGAACGAUGCAAACAAUGGUUUCCGAUGGCCAGGAUUCGAAGAUUUUUACAACAACAUUCCCAAUUUUUACUUAUAGAUACGUUACACAGUAUCAUGGGUAGAUAUGCUUAUCGUAUAUUCGUAGAAGAAUUGGGUUUACAUUCUUCCCAAAUACUUCAUCAUGAGUAUAAAGAAGACUAUGCAGGUCUCCAUCCCAAUCCUUAUCAUGAAGACAAUUAUCAAAGGAUGAAAGAAAGACUAAGAAAGAAGGGUACAUCGAAGAAUAGCAAUCGUUUGGGAGUUGUAUUAGAUAACGAAGGAAGAUAUGCAUCUUUAGUGACAUCGGAAGGAAUGAUAUUAUCAACCCAAGAUAGUCUCGCUGUCUUUUUAACUUGUAUAGGACAAGUCAUUCCAAGAUUUGCCAAAGUAUUUCGUGGAGUAGGAAAGACAUUUGUCCAUAGUAAGGCCAUCGAUCGUGUCACGGAUGUGUUGGAUAUGUCACUUUAUGAAGGUCCCUGUGGUUGGCGUUAUAUGACCAAUUUGAUGGAUAGAGAAAAAGUCGAUAUUUGUAUGGAUGAGAAUGGAGGUUUAGGUUGUAGUUGGAUUCGUGAAAGAGAUGGACUGCUUUUGGUUCUUUGUUGGUUAAGUUUGUUAUCUUGGAAGAAUGAAAACCGAUCCUAUGAGAUGGAUAUUCAUGAGAUAAUGGAACAGCAUUGGAGUCAAUAUGGAAGAGACUAUCACAUGUGUUAUUUCUAUCGAGCAAAGAAUAAGAGUCAAAAGCAGCGAAUGGAAACCAAAAUGCAAAUGUUAUGGAAUCAAAUAGGACGAGGAUUAUCUUGGAAGGAAAUGCACCCUCAUUUGGAUCACCACAAAUAUAAGAGUUGGUUGAAUAACUUACGAAUAGAAGAAUAUCAAUGUUAUAAUCCAUUUGAAGGAAUGACGCAUUCUCAGUUGGGAGUUUGUUUAUAUAUCAAGGAUACUCAUCGCAUCAUACUGCGGCUAAGUGUUGUGCCGACUGGAAAGGAUUCGUCGGAAAAUGAACCCAUCGAUGUAGAAAACGUAAUAGGAUUGGCCAUUUAUUUAGAAACUUUUGAGACUCAUCACAUAUCCAUCAACGAAUAUAAUCCUGAAGAAAUAUGUAAGCCUCUAUGAUUGGUUGGAAACGGAUUCUUA